UGAGGCAAAGAGCUCACCACCAAUCAAAAACUGGCGAACCAUCAUUCAUCAUCAGCAGAGACGGCCAGCUAGACGGUUCACCGCCGAGCUCUGCGGGGCGGGGCAGUACUUCACUCAACCGACAAAUUCAAUUUCAUGAUCACUGAAUCUUGCCACGCGUGCUGUCACCGGUAUGCUGUUCCGAAUGUUACGAAUGGAGCCUGCUACGAGAAUACUGUGACGCGUGAAAUCUCGUUGGAAUCCAUUUCGGAAGAUUAUGACGCGUGAAUGAAAGCGUGGGCAAUGCCGAACCAGCUGGAAGUUUAUUGCUGACUGGAAUUGACCUAACAAGACUCAGGGGUGUUCUGCGCUGUGAACAACAAAAAAUCUCGGUGAACACAACGUCGUGUUGAAUUUGUCAGCAGAAAGGACAAGCUUCAUGGAGAUACGUACCAACCGUGCUUGCAGAUUUCCAUAGCUACAUGUGCCCUUAAAUCAUGUUUUUUUUUCUCCUGGAUAAUAAAUUAAGCUGUGAGCCAUCAACCUAGCUGUUAGACAAAAGCAACCCAAAGUACAAGUAACUUCGGACACAGUAGCUUUAUUUCGGAACCUCUUUCUCCCUCAGGGACGUUAGGAAAUUGCGGUACAGUGACGAAAGCGGACUCAAAUGAGUUAAACCAAGCCGGUAGUAGACAUGUUCCCGGGAAACCUUUCUCCGGUACGACAUCAUCAACAGAACACCAACGACUACGACGACGACGACGUUACAAUAAUGGUGAUGAGAGGGAAAUGCAUGCAAACAUAGAAGUGUAAACAUACCGAAUCUUAAUUAGAAAAGAAACAACGUGGAAUCCUUGGAAACAGGAAAGAAAUUUAAUUUUAUUACGGUCUUCAAAUUAGUCGUUGAUGCUACGUAGUGGGUGUAGACUACCGGUGGGUUCAGUGCCGAAAGAAAAUUCGAGUGCAAAUUAGAGUACGAACAGACGAACAAAGGGUGAAAAUAUGGGCACAGUCGAGAAACAUAUCAGCUGCUUUGCGGUUGUUUUGCUGAGCUACCUGAUGCUGUUACUAAUCAAAUGUGCACACGGAAUUGAUUGCUUUAAAUGUGUGUCAAUGAACGGUGCGAACAAAGCCUGCGACGAUCCCUUUCACAACAACUACUCGACAGCGAUACUGGAAUCGCCCUGCAUGGGUGGCCGGAAAGGCCGGGACGGACUAUUCCCGGCCACAUCGUGCAUCAAAAUUGCCGGUUACUAUGAUGACACCGGAGAAACAAUCACCGUCCGAGGCUGUGCCCUGGACAGCGGUACGCUGACUACCGAUACGGAAAUCAUACGGAUGUCCCACUGUGGGCGAUUCUUCUAUGACGAUAGAUACGUCCACGGUUGCUUGCAAAGUUGCAACGAUGCUGAUGCAUGUAACUACAGCCCGAGAGCUGCGGGCGGUCCCCACCGGAUCGGCGUUCUCCAGAUGGCGGCCGUGAGCUUGGCCGUGGGCUACAUUCUCUACUGCCACCGGCAGAGGGUGGUGUCCUUUCCGCAUCUGCUCGGCGCCGGGAGCUAACAAAGUAAGACUUAGCCACUCCAUCAUCACUACCGAGCGAAUAAUUUAUGAAAACUGUGAAACGUCGUAGCGUUUAGUUAGAUUUACCGGCGGACGGCCAUCUGGUUUACGAUAAUAAUGCUAAUAACACUUAAUCGAAGUCUCAUCCCCAUCCCCAGCAGUAUCUUUAGUGAUGGAGCGCAGUGCAGCACAGUCUAUUUUAUAUGGUUAUUAGGUUAAGGAUAUUCACUUCGCCUGGCUGCCUGUAUCCACUGCACACACCACCGCAUGUCAUUAUUUGUAUAAUGCAAUUCACGCCAGCUUAAAACUUCAGAGAAGUUACACUUCAGUGGUAUAAGAUAAGAAUAAAAAAUACUGCAAAUUAAUCUAUCGACCAACAAAUGAUAAAUUAUAUGCUAGUUAUGUGAUAAGGAAGAGAAAAAUGCGAAAAUUAUCCUAAGUAAUAAGCACGACAUGAAAAUCAAAAUGUAAAAUGAAAUAAUCGUGAAUAUUUUUAUUAAUUAUUAUUGAACUAACAGUUGAGAAGUGAAAAAGCAGAUACAAACUGUAGGAAUUUAAUGAACAAGGUGUAAAUGAUUUAUGAAAAGUACAGAACAACGGGUGAUCAAUAGCGAAUUAAGAGCGUCAGUGGUUGCUAAUCAUCUGGGUG